UAACAAGAAAUAAAAGCAAUUUGAAUUAUGAAAUUUACUGGUACUGCGCAUUGCUCACAUAGGUGUGCACGUGACUUGUGGAGCUGUUGACCCACGUUGUUUGACCUUAUUCAUGAUCGACCUUACGUGUAUGCGAAGAGUGAGCAACCCCUUGUUUGAGAAUGGCUUCCACAUUUCGCCGCAUAGAAAAUUGUACCAAGCGCAUUUUGAACGUAUCGAAGUGUGCAAAUAUUCAAAAAAAUGUCAUAUCGACAAGAUAUAUUUCAGCUUCAGCUUUUAAAAUGGCCUCCAGAACACCGGUUGGUUUCAUAGGACUUGGCAAUAUGGGAGGAUUUAUGGCAAAGAAUCUUCUGAAGCAUGGUUACCCAUUAGUAGCCUUUGAUGUCUACCCGGAGUCGCUGAUUGAGAUUCAGGAACUCGGAGCUUCAGUGGCUAACUCUCCUGCCGAGGUAGUAGAAAAGGUAGACAAGGUAGUGACCAUGCUGCCGUCAAGUCCUAACGUAUUGGAAGUUUAUCUUGGAAAUGCAGGUAUACUUAAGAAUGUGAAUCCUGGAACCUUAUUGAUAGAUAGUAGCACAAUUGAUCCUGCUGUUUCUAAACAAGUAGCAGCGGCUGCGGAGAAACAGGGAGCCAUGAUGCUGGAUGCACCUGUAUCAGGAGGUGUGAAUGCUGCAAGAGAGGGCACGUUGACAUUCAUGGUUGGAGGAAAAGAAGAGGAGUUUAAGGCUGCUAAAGAGCUUCUAGAUUGUAUGGGAAAAAAUGUGGUAAAUACAGGACCAGUAGGCACUGGACAGGCUGCCAAGAUAUGCAAUAACAUGAUGCUGGCUAUCUCCAUGAUUGGAUGCUCAGAAACAAUGAACUUAGGAAUGAGGCUUGGUCUUGAUCCAAAGAUGUUGGCUUCCAUCCUGAAUACAAGUAGUGGUCGAAGCUGGUCAAGUGAGGUUUACAACCCUGUGCCAGGAGUCCUAGAAAACGUUCCUUCUAGUAAUAACUACCAGGGUGGAUUUGGUACAGCGCUUAUGACUAAGGAUCUCAGUCUAGCACAAACUGCAGCAACGGCAACGUCUACUGCAACACCUCUUGGAUCAAUAGCUCACCAGCUGUACCGAGUGAUGUGUAAUCGAGGCCUAGGAAACAAAGACUUCUCUGUAGCUUAUCAAUUCUUAAAAGAGGAAACUGAAGUGUAAAUUAUUACAGAUGGAUUAUAUUUUGCCCAUCUAUUAACUCAUUGGUAUUUAACUUUGAAUUUCUUCACAACUGAUAAUUGUAUAUUAAUCCAUGUAAUAUCUUUGAUGGAGAAUCAUGUGGACAUAGUGUUCAAAAAUUCAAUCCAUAAACUGAAUGCGGCUUGAGAGUCAAAUGUUAGAAAUUUAUCAGAUUUUUGCGCCCGGUUUGAAUAUGUUUGUAACUACUAUAUUAUUGCGUGUGUCAUACAACAUAAAAAUAAAAAACGAUUGAUUUAAUAUCAAAUUAUUGACUAUCUCUAAUAAACUGAGCUAUUACCUAGAACAAGAAAAGAAGAUACUUCAGUACCAAUAAUGGAUGCAGUUACUUAAGGUCCACACUAUCAACUAGCAGACUUUGGGCAACCUGACGCUUGCACAAAUUUUGUUUGACACUCAUUGGCUUGUAUUAAGGUGAGAUUUAGUGGCACUCACAUGGGUCAACACACAACAUUGUGACACAUAGAUUGUGUAAUUUAAUUGUCACAGCUAAGGUGCAAACCAUUCUUAACAUGUGUAACAAAUGUCGGACCUCUUCUCUGGCCCUCCUGCUGGCUUUAAUUAAGAGGUGACACCUCGUUGACUGACGUCAGCUCCUCAUAUUUGGUGACCAUGCUCAACUUAUGUGCGAAACAGUCGUGACUAUCACCUAAAAAUGUGUACCACUAGCCACGUACUGGGAUACAUACACUGGUAUACUUUGCCACAGUUGCGCCUAGGUUGCACUUUAAAAAGUUUACUGCAAAAUUAGCUCAAAAAAUUUGGAAAUUACCACAUCCACUUUUUCGUUUACCGCGCACCCCAAAAACACUUUCACUAGUUUUUACUGUACAAGACCAAAAUGUGUAUGGGUGUCAGGGUGUAGUCAAUAUUUAUUAAAAUAUCAGAUUUUUAAAAACAUAUUUAUUUUUUCUACACUCAUGCCGCCAGAUUAUGUUGCACAUAAUGUACUGUAUAUGAUGCUGACAGUAAAAAUAAAAGGCAGGUUGAAACCAAAACA